AACGGCGGAAGUGCUACAGAGGGGAGCGGGCAACAUGGCUGGAGCCGGGAAAGCGGCUGCUACCGUUACUGGGACGACGGUAAAGCCGAUCUUCAGCCGGAACCUGGACGAGGCCAAACGGCGCGUGCGAGAACUGUACCGUGCCUGGUUCCGAGAAAUCCCAAAUACAGUGCACCUCUACCAGCUGGACAUCACAGUGAAACAAGGGCGUGAUAAGGUCCGGGAGAUGUUUCUGAAGAAUGCCCAUGUCACAGACCCCAGAGUCAUUGAUAUGCUAGUUAUUAAGGGGAAAAUGGAACUCCAGGAGACUAUUAAUGUAUGGAAACAGCGGACUCACAUAAUGAGAUACUUCCAUGAGACAGAAACACCACAGCCCAAGGAUUUCCUCUCCAAGUUUUAUGCAGGCCAUGAUCCUUGAGCCACACAGACUUUGUGGAGCUAUGACUGUAUUUUUGGUUGCUUUUGUUGCAAAUAAAGCACUGAUUGCUGAAGAGCCCUUCAGAAGGAAAGUAUCCAACUAA